AUUACAGGUAGAAUUGGAAGACUGGGGAGACAACUAUACUGUAGGUCUGGUAUAUCAACAUUAGCUUGUAGAUUGGUUUUCUAUGUUUUGUCUGUUACUCUUCAAUACCUUUUUGUUAACUUUACUCUAUUUUCUUUCAUAUUAAUACGAUCUGUACAUUUGUCAUAAUAAAAAGCUUUUUUAAACAAGGAAUGGUAGGCCAACUUGUUGUCUGUCUCUUGAAAAGGGAGAGGACAGCAUGAUGGUGUGAAAUAUUGAUACAAUCAGCUUUCUGACUAAUGCAGGCAUGUCCACUUGAGAACCGUGCUUCUACACCUGCAUUGCUUGCUAUUUGGGGUUUUAGGCUGGGUUUCUGUACAGCACUUUGAGAUAUCAGCUGAUGUAAGAAGGGUUUUAUAAUACAUUUGAUUUGAGAACAUCUGGAGAAAGUGUUGAGGGGGCAUGUUUCCUUAAAGAUGCAUUAAUUUAAGUUUACUUGCUAUUUCUCCAGAAAUGUUAACUUGUGUGGUUGAUGUAUGGUUUAUUUACACAUCUUAACUCAUGAAAACAAUAUUUUAGGUGGUUUUUUUGUUGCUAAUCGGUGUGCCUCUUUCUGUCAAAUUAGGUCAUUUCUGGAAAAUACUUGUCUAUUUUAGUUGGAUUUUUGGCUCAAGUGCACCCCUAGUUGUUAUUAAAUUUCUGUAUGGUUUAUUUGCGAGUUUGUUUUGCAUGGUCGGGUGCCCCGGGUGGAUUGGAUAGGUCUUUUACGUACCAAUGGAAUGGUCUACACACACUCCGCAUACCCGGAGCACUGGGCCUUUUCAAACGAACUAGCCCACUUUAUAAACAACCAAAUUACAGCGCUCAUAGGAUAAAUCGGCUGCCCCGCCCAAAUCUUAAUUAGACUACGCUCCGCCAACUACAGAAACUGGUGUGGAAAGCAGUUCGUUUGGAGUUAAACAACCAUCGGAAAGGGGCCUGAAAAGACUUUCAGAACACAGCAAGGCAAUUAAAGGAGCGCAGUGUCAUUCUCGUAACCGAAUUGUCCAGGGAAGCCACGAUGGUGAAUCUGAAAAACGUAUCUCCUCCAAGUGAAGGAAUACGGUACAAUCAAGGUGAAAUCACCGCUGUUUGGAAUGGCGAAGGGCUUGGACCAGGAACUCUGUACAUUGCAGAAACAUGUGUAUCAUGGUUCGAUGGGUCUGGAAUGGGGUUUAAUUUGAAAUACCCGUCAAUCAGUCUCCAUGCAAUCUCACGCGAUUUUACCGCGUACCCAGGAGAGCACCUGUACGUCAUGGUCAACACCAAUCUCAACGGUAACUGUGAGAAGUGUGCGGAGGAAGAGGAUAAUGAGAGUACUGAUGAUGACUCCGACGCUGAUUCCAUAAGUCCUGUUACAGAGAUCCGUUUUGUGCCCAGUGAUAAGGCUACCUUGGAGCCCAUGUUCUCAGCCAUCUCUGAAUGCCAGGCCCUGCACCCAGACCCUGAAGACUCCGACUCUGACUUUGAGGGAGAUGAGUACGACGUUGAAGAAGCUGAACAGGGUCAGAUAGACCUGCCCACAUUUUACAACUUUGAGGAGGGUCUGUCCCAGCUCACCCUGGAGGGCCAGGCCACCCUGGAAAAACUGGAAGGGAUGCUGGCCGACUCUGCAUCCCAGAAACACCACUGCAUGGCCGCGGUAAGGCCCGAGGACACCCCAACGGGAUGCUGCAAUGAGUCUGGUGCAGUAGGGGUCUCGGGACAGUUUGAAGACGCCAACGUUGAUCAUUGAUGGAACAGAAAGGCCCUUGUUAGCACCCUCCUGACCGAAAGCUUUUUGAAAACGGGGGCAUUCGGGUGGAAUCGAAGUGUGGGGGGUCCUAAAGGUCUGAUUGCGUAACACAGAUGCAGGCAGUGCCAAGGCACUGGGUCUCUGAAUGAGUACAGAUAAAUAAUUUUAAGUCUCACAAGGCUAAUCUCUACUGGCAGGUCACGAUAGGCCUCGAAGUCUGAAGGACUAAAGCAAAUAACAACUGUCACUUUUUUUUUUGUGAAGCGUUUCCAUUUUUGUUACUGAAAGAAAAGACCAGCCAGCAGAUUUAUUUUGAGCUUUUGUAUGUUCAAAUAAUAAAACUUUGUUUUGUAUAAAGCAAGGUGUGUGAGAGCGAGAGUGGAUGAAUUGGUAGUCGAAAAUAAUCUGUCAUCCGAAAUGAGCACAGACUUUCAAACAGCAACUUGUAAAUCUUAUCAACCUGCGUGUAACAAGUGAUCAAUUGCAGGAUAAGGAUUUGAGAUGUAAUGCUGGUGGGAUGUUCAGUUGGCUGCCACAGACCAGCUCUAGAGCCUUAACAUUUGUUUGCUGAAAAUACUUUGUUUGCAAACUGGCACCCUGGUUCAGUGGCAUGGUGUGGAUUUCUGUAGGACUGCUUCUCUUCCGGAUGGGUUGGUGCCACCCCCCCCCCCCCCCCCCACAAAGAGGCAGCUUUGUGUGGGGGGGGGGGGGGACUGACUACUGACACGCAGAGAAAGAAUGGAUUCCGAGGGAGAGGAUUUAUGCUAAAAUAGUGGCCGCUCGGCACCCAAACACCAUCCCAGCCCUCUUUGCUCUUUUGAUUUGUUCCUUCUCCAUCAGAAGAGAAAUAGACUUCUCUAGACUUUCUGCACAGUGUGCAUUUUAAUCAGAGGGAAGGCAUUGUUGAAUUAAAAAAUUUAGAAUUACUUAAUGAAAAAUUGCAUUAGGC